AUGGUGGAAUUUGUGUUUCUAGUAGCAUUCCUGUUAUUACAAAAUUGUGUAAUCACACCCGGUUAUGCAUCUCAUCGUCAUGAGAGGCUAGUUUUGAAAAUCAUUCACUAUGAAUCUGUCAACUCACCUUUUUACAAUCCAAAUUUCACACCUGAUGAUCGUGUGAAAAGAAUGAAUGAAAGAUCAGAGACUCGUAUUUCAGAUCUAAUGACUGUCUCAAAUUAUCUGAAAAAAGAUGCCGAUGAAAUUCAGAUCAAGCCAGCCUAUACCUCCCAGUUUCUUGUUCCAUUAAAGAUUGGCACACCUCCUGUAGAACAACUUCUUACCAUGGAUACUGGUAGUUUAUUACUUUGGGUCCAUUGUGGCUAUACCAUUGGUGGUGAACUCUCGCAAGCUCCAUUAUACGACAACGCAAAAUCUUCAACUUAUGCUGAAGAUGUGUAUUGUGGGACACCAAUGUGUGACCUUAUGACUCUUAGAGGAAGAUGUGGAAAACUUUCGAAGAUAUGUGAAUAUUUCGUUAUUUAUGGAAAAGGUAAGAGUAAGGGACAUCUUGCUUCUGAGGUUGUGUCAUUUCAGGAAACAAAUGGAACCGAAGUGAUUAUCAAGCGUCUUAUUUUUGGAUGCUCAAUGUAUUCUUAUGGUGCAGAUGGUUGUAGCGGAAUCCUUGGACUCGGACAACGAGGUGUUUCUUUUCUUUCUCAACAAAAUUAUACCGGAUUUUCAUAUUGUAUCGGUAAUAUAUAUGAUGUAGAGUAUGAUUCAAACACAUUAAUUCUUGGAGGCAAGCCUAUAGUGGAAGGUGAGUCCACUCCCAUGUUUAUGAUUAUAGGCAAAUACUACAUUACUUUAGAAAGAAUCAGCGUUGGUGACAAGUUUAUUGACAUUGAUCCAAACACAUUCAAGAGGGUCGAUCUCAAAGGUGGCAUGCUUGUUGAUACAGGGGCCUCUUCUACUUAUUUGCCUACGAUAGCAUUCAAGAAAUUGAAGGAGGAAAUUAGAUCUGUGAUUGGUACGACCUUGGAAGAAUAUAAAAGCCAUCGUAAUCCAGAAGGGCUUUGUUACCAUGGAGUUGUCACUCGGGAUCUUCAAGGCUUACCAACUAUAGCAUUUCAUUUUGCUGAAAAUGCUAAAAUGGAGCUAACUGCUGAAAAUUUGUUUCACCAGUCUAAAGCUCAUGACCAUUUCUGCUUGUCCGUACGAGAUUCCGAAACUCAGAAUCUUCCUUUUAGCAUACUUGGUGUUUGGGCACAACAAUUUUUCUAUAUCGCCUUUGACUUUAACAGCAUGAGGAUGUUCUUUACAAGGAUAGAUUGUGACCGCCUAUUGGAUUGA